AUGGCUACUACAAGAAUUCCAUUCUCUAAUGUAAGUUAAGUGAAUAAAGGUGAGAAAUUACCCACAACACUUGGGGAGAAAAUUGAAAAGACUGGAAAUGCAGAAAAAUAAGUAUAACCUACAAAUGCAGAAAUAAAUAAUGUGAAAGGAACAUUAGAUGAAUUAUAAUUUGAGAACAUGGAUAAGUAAACACUUAUACAAUAAUUAAAAUUGCAUAAGUUGAUUUUGAAACAUUGUUUUGAUGAAAAUGAUAUUGUACAAUUAUUUGAAGGAUUAUUUUUAGUUGAGAGAAAGAAUAGCAGCAAUCGAAGCAUAAUUCAGUAAUUUAUAAGAUGAAAUUGAAUUAAGAGAUAAUGUCAUAUUAGAACUAAGUGAGAAGCUAGAAUAGAAAGAAAAAGAGUGAUUAAUUUUUUUUUAUUAUUUUAUUUUUUUUAAACC